AUGGAGAACAUUCAAUUUGCAGAGGAACUCAUUAGAGAAUUUCUGGUAUUUAGAGGAUUUACAGAAACUCUCAAUUCUUUUGGAAAAGAGCUGGGAAGUGAUAUUGGCAAGGGAUUUGAAGUCGAUAAGAUUUUAAAUUUGAUUUUCUCCGUUUAUAUCCCCAAAUUCGAGGCUGAAAAGUUGAUUGAUUUGCUCAGUUUCUUCAAGCGAUGUUUUUCUCAUUCUGAUUCUGCACUGUUCGCUACACUGUCGACAUUAGAGCAGUCUAUUUUGCGGUAUUAUGUUGUUAAUGCAAUAAAGUAUGGAAAGAAAGACAAAGUGAUGGAGUUUUUGGGGAUAAUUGGGAAUGACUUGUUGAUGAGAGAUCAAAAUUGGAGUUCAUGGUUUGCGAUUCCAUACAUUCAGAAUCCACACUUGGAUCCACAGUUUCGCGUGUACUUUUCAGAGGAGUGGUUUCAAUCCUUGCACCUUUCUGUUAGGAAUUUCUUGAGUGAGAUCUUUAAUGGCACUCAUAUCCUUCAGUAUAGACUGCUACAUUUUCAUUUGCUUUCUGCUAAUCUACGCAUCCCUGCUUUAUUGAAGAUAAGUUCUGACAGGAAUACUGUGAACCGUCUGAUGAAAGAGAAUAAAAAACUUAAUCUCAAGUUAUCACGACUUCAGAUUUUGUUGGAGGAGAAAGAGGCGCAGUUGUGUAAUUUAAAGAGUGGUGCUUCUUCAGUAAGGGAAGUGGGAGGCCGUGGGGUGGGCAGCUUCUCUCACUCUGUAGCUGGUGCUGCAGAUGAAGCCAUAUUUCCUUCUAAUUUUUCAGAUAAUGUUCUUGUCCAUGACACUUCACUCAUGGAUGGAAGGGAGUCAAUACAGAAUCAGGAUGAUGCUCGGCUUGCAGAAUCUCAUGCUUCUAGGGCUCAUACUAAUGAUUGCCCUGGUGAGGAUAGGAGAAGCGAUGCCGACCAAAUGUUCCAAAGUGACUCUGUUGUUGAAAGUAGCUCAAACGUAGAAGGAGAAGAAAAGUUUCCAGAAGUGAAAGCUGUUUUCCAGGACACAUUCCUGGGACACACAAAUCCAAUCAACUGUUGUCGCUUUUCUGCAACUGGAGAAAAUAUUGCAAGUGCUUCUAUGGAUGGCACUGUGAGGAUAUGGACAUACGAUUCAUCAGCACCAGCAUCUAAAAAUGCAACCAUCUAUUGUGGAGCAGAGAUCAUGUCUCUUGAGUGGGACUGCAAGUCAGAUCGUUUGCUACUCAUAGGCACUGCUGAUGGAGGCAUUAAAGCAUGGAAUGUUGAUGCAAAACGAGUUGUUUGUGAUCUCAACUCAGCUGAAGCAUACCCAAGUAUAUUGGACCUGAAAUGCAGCCCUGUGGAGCCGAUUUUUGUUUCUGCAGCAGCAUCCAGACGGCAGGGGACAAGUUAUUAUGAUAAACUUGGCUUCGCAUCAUUAACUGUAUGGAAUAUGAGGACAUGGAAGGCCAUGGCUGUGCUUCCACUUGGUAAAGAUCCACCAGCAAUUACUUCACUGUGUUUUAAUCACAAUGGAAAGCUUUUAGCAGCUGCUGCAACUGAUGGGAUGAUUCAUAUGUUUGAUAUGUCUGCUGGCCUGCAAGUAACUGGGUGGCCUGCUCAUGAUUUGGCGAUUGGUUCUGUUCUUUUCGGGCCUGAUGAGACCAGUAUCUUUAGCUUGGGCACCGAUGGAAAGAUAAUUGAAUGGAGCUUGCAAAGUCAAGGUAAAAUUCUUUGGUCAAGAAAUUGCAACAGAUUCUACGACCCUGAGAAUUCGUCACAGUUUAAACAUGAAAUGGCAUUAGAUGCUAAAGGGCGAAGACUUCUGGUGACAUCUAAUUCAGUAAGCGCGCCCAUAUACCAGGUUCGAGGUCAUAUGAAUGGAAUGAGAACUCUUUCUCACAGUGGACCUAUAACAACAGUGGACUGGCAUCCGACGUUGCCCAUCUUCUUGACUGGGUCAGCUGAUCACUCAGUCCGGGUCACAUCAAUAUCUUGA